AUGCAAAGUGAAGAAAUUACCCAGCAAGUAAAGCAAAUUGGUGGGGCGAAUUUGGUGGCGCCGAGUACAGAUUCUGCGGUGGCUGCUGUUUUUGUUAGCGCCAGAGCAGUGGGGGCGGCGGCGGCCUGGAUGCCCACCGCUGGUCUCUUUCCGGUGGAUGUUAUGGUGGCAAUUGCAAGCGGUGAAUCGGAGGGCCUCUGGGGUGUUCUCUUCGCCGCCGGACUCAUAAAUUGCAAGCGGCGACGUCGGCGUGAUGGUAGUGGUGUUUUAGAACAGCUUAGGAAAUAUGAUGAACAGGUUGCAGAGAAUGAGCUCAUGGUUUCUUAUCAGCUUUUUGCUUGUUUCAACUCGGAUUCUGUUGCUGUUCUAAAUGCUCUAAGAUCUAGCUGGAGGAAUCUGCCCCCAAACUGGGUGGGCCCAGAUCCGUGCAGUGACAAUUGGGAAGGCGUUAAUUGCACGGAUACACGUGUCACCUCCCUAAGGUUAGGGGGAAUGGGCUUGGUAGGAAGUCAAUUUGGGGACCUUUCGUCUUUGACCGGAUUAGAGGAUCUCUCAAAUAACAUUGGCCUUAGAGGGACUCUUCCUCCUUCUAUUGGCAAUUUGGGGAACCUUACAACUCUGAUAUUAGUCGGUUGCAGCUUUUUCGGUCCCAUUCCUGAUACAAUAGGUUCUCUCCAGCAGCUUCGAUAUAUAUCAUUGAAUUCAAAUGGGUUUACUGGGCCAAUCCCACCUUCCAUUGGCAACUUAUCUCGGCUGUCUUGGCUUGAUCUCGGUAUGAACAGGCUUAACGGUACUAUACCUGUUUCUACUGAAACCACGCUAGGUUUGGACAUGCUACUCAAUGCCAGGCACUUGAUAUUUGACAACAACCAACUCACAGGAAAUUUGCCAAUUUCUCUGGGACAUGUUCAGACAUUGCAGGUCAUACGCUUUGAUUGGAACUCUCUGGAUGGGCCCAUCCCUCAAAAUCUCAAUAACCUCACGAGUCUAAAUGAGCUGUAUUUGUCCAACAACAAUUUUGAUGGUAUCAUUCCCAACCUCACUGGCUUGAACUCAUUAUCCUAUGUGGACAUGAGCAAUAAUAGCUUUAAUGCAUCCGAAGCUCCACUAUGGUUCUCAAGCCUCCCGUCUUUAACUACAUUGAUAAUGGACAACACCAGACUUCAAGGACAAAUUCCGGUCGGCAUCUUCGAACUUCCUCAGUUGGAGACUCUGGUUCUCCGAAAUAACAACUUGACUGGAAUCUUGAACAUUGGCAACACCUAUGGCAGUAACUUGUCCGUUGAUCUACAUAAUAAUUCCAUCACCGGCUUUCAGCAGGCAGCGGAUUACCGCUUGAACCUAACACUCGUAGGCAACCCAGUCUGUAACAUAAACGGGCCACCUGCACGGUUUUGUUCCGUGGGCACACGUGGCAAUGAUCUUUCACUAUCAAACAAUUGCGGGGCCAUUUCAUGUGGAGCAAACGAAGUGCUGAGUCCUAACUGUCUUUGUUUGCAUCCGUACACCGGGACCCUCCACUUCUUCUCGUUUGGCUUCACAGACUUGCAAAACUCGACUUACUUCAACAUCCUCCAUGGGACACUCAUGUCCGCUUUUCUCUCCAACGGGCUCCCAGUUGACUCGGUCAACUUUACUAAUCCGACAAUAAGCGACUUUUCUUACAUGGAGGUACCCUUGCAUAUAUUUCCUUCUGGACGGGACCCGUUUAACCGGAGUUUGGUUUCUAGUAUAGGUUCAUUGCUCAACCGCCAGCUGGCACCACUUUUCCCGGUCCGGUAUUUUGGACCUUUUUACUUUGUUGAUGAAGAAUAUUGCUGCUUUGAAGGGUCGAGAGGGUCGUCGAAUGUUGGUGUCAUAGUUGGCGUGACAAUAGGCGUCUCGGUUUUCGUGAUCCUGAUUAUCCUGGCCGGUAUUUAUGCUAUUCGUCAGAGGAAACUUGCAAAAAGAGCUAUUGAGAGGAGCAACCCUUUUGCAUCAUGGGACCCCGAAAAGGAAAGUGGUGCAGUUCCCCAGCUUCAGGGAGCAAAAUGGUUCUCCUUUGAGGAUCUCCGGAAAUGUACCGACUAUUUUUCUGAAUCGAAUUGCAUUGGUGAUGGAGGAUAUGGAAAGGUUUACAAGGGAACACUUGCCCAAGGACAAGUGGUAGCCAUAAAGCGAGCCCAGCAGGGGUCAAUGCAGGGCGCGCAUGAGUUCAAAACCGAAAUUGAGCUCUUGUCCAGAAUCCACCACAAAAACGUGGUCAGCCUUGUUGGGUUCUGUUACGAACAUGGAGAGCAAAUGCUGGUGUACGAGUACAUAUCUAACGGCACACUCAGGGAUUGCCUUUCAGGCAAGUCGGGAUCCCGUUUGGACUGGAACAAGAGGCUGAAAGGCUACAUGGAUCCGGAAUAUUAUAUGACCAAUCAGUUGACUGAGAAAAGUGACGUGUACAGCUUUGGGGUAGUGUUGUUAGAGCUUGUGACCGGUCAAGCCCCAAUACAGCGCGGGAAACACAUUGUGAGAUUAGUUCAAGAGGCAAUGAGAGGCCCAAACCUUGAUGAUAUUAUUGAUCCAGUUUUGGGGUCGGGCCUGAAACAAGCUGGGUUGCGGAGAUUGUUGGGCCUGGCAAUGGGCUGUGUCGAGGAAAGUGGGAUAAACAGGCCCACUAUGGGGGAGGUAGUCAGGGAGAUUGAGAACAUAAUCGACGAGAAAGGGAAUAAAGGGCUUUCUUCAUAUAGCUUCGAUGAUGAUGAUGAUGAUGAUGAUGAUGAGACAAGCAACGAAGAGAACAUUGCAAAAUUAACCGAGCUGCUGACCCUAGACCUAUCAUAUAAUAAGGGUAUGACUGGACCACUUCCGGCAGCAAUUGGAGACGUGACAAAGUUGUCGAGCUUAAUACUAGUCGGUUGUGGAUUUUCCGGUUUAAUACCACCCUCGAUAGGCUCCCUACAACGGCUGAGAUAUUUGUCGCUUAAUUCAAACAACUUCAUUGGCGGGAUACCACCUUCCAUUGGUAACUUAUCAAAUCUUUACUGGCUCGAUUUAGCUGAUAAUAAACUUACUGGAUCCAUUCCCAUCUCAAAUGGAACCUCACCUGGUCUUGAUAUGCUUGUGAAUGCAAGGCACUUCCAUUUUGGAAAGAAUCAGUUGUCUGGCCGAAUACCACCGCAGCUAUUUAGCUCGAAUUUGAAACUCAUACAUUUGCUUCUUGAAAACAAUCAGCUAAGUGGAUCCAUACCUUUGACACUGGGGCUCGUGCAGACACUGGAGGUUGUGCGGCUUGAUAGGAACUCUUUAAGUGGACCUGUUCCAGAAAAUCUUAACAACCUCACCUCUGUCCAGGAGCUGUUCUUGGGGAAUAAUAGGUUGACAGGACUCGUUCCUGACCUAACCGGCAUGAACACACUCAACUAUGUGGACAUGAGCAAUAAUACAUUUGACACCACAGAUAUUCCACCAUGGUUUUCAUCUUUGCAGUCUUUGACUUCACUGAUAAUGGAGAACACACAAAUUCAAGGGCCACUUCCAGUUUCCCUGUUUAGCCUUCCCCAGUUGCAAAUGGUUGCUUUGAAAAACAAUCAGGUCAAUGAAACAUUGAACAUCGGCUCCAGCUACAGUGACCAGCUUCAGUUGAUCGAUUUACAAAACAAUAGCAUUGAUGCCUUCACUCAACGGCCGGGCUACAAUAUCCAAAUCAUACUCUUGGGAAACCCAAUAUGCAACGAAGGAGGCGAAACUCAAAACUUCUGCCAAAUUCCUCGACAGCAAAACACAUCAUACUCAACACUCCCAGAAAACUGCACACCUGUUUUGUGCAGCUCGGAUAAAAUUUCGAGCCCCACAUGCCAAUGCAUGCACCCGUACAAUGGAAUGCUGUUUUUUCGAGCUCCAGCAUUUUCCGAUUAUGGGAACACAAGCCGUUUUAUCUCCCUUCAGCAGAAAUUGAUGUCCACUUUUCAGUCAAACGGACUUCCUGUAGACUCGGUUUCUUUGAGUAGUCCAAUGAGAGACUUAGACAACUAUCUCGUGCUCAAUCUGCAAGUUUUUCCAUCUGGCCUCGAUUAUUUCAACCGUACGGGAAUUUCCAGAGUUGGGUUUAUUCUAAGCAAUCAGACUUUUAAGCCUCCACCUGAGUUUGGGCCAUUUUUCUUCCUUGCCAGCAGCUAUCAGUAUUUUGCAGCGGCGUGGGACCCGAAUACAAACAGCGUUGGAGUUCCUCAGUUGAAAGGGGCAAAAUGUUUCUUGUUCGAGGAACUUAAGCAAAGCACGAAUAACUUCUCCGAGGCCAAUGAUAUUGGAGAGGGUGGCUAUGGAAAGGUGUACAGAGGAAUACUUUCGAACGGGAAACUGGUAGCCAUUAAAAGAGCCCAGCAAGGCUCGAUGCAGGGCAGGCUGGAGUUCAAGACUGAGAUCGAGCUUCUCUCGAGAGUCCAUCACAAGAACCUCGUCAGCCUAGUUGGAUUCUGUUUUGAACAGGAUGAACAAAUGUUAGUUUAUGAGUACAUUGCAAAUGGCACACUUAGGGACAGUCUUUCAGGAAGGACAGGGAUCAGAUUAGAGUGGAUGAGGAGACUUAAAAUAGCUCUUGGAGCAGCUAGAGGCUUGCAAUAUCUUCAUGAUCUUGCUGACCCUCCCAUAAUACACCGGGACAUCAAAUCCAACAAUAUUCUAUUGGACGAUCGACUUAAUGCCAAAGUAGCAGAUUUCGGCCUCUCUAAGCCGAUGGAACUUCUGACCUCUAAAACUCCCAUCGAAAAGGGAAAAUACAUUGUUCGUGAGGUGAAGCAGUUAAUGGACACGUCCAAGGAACUGUACAAUCUCCAAAGUCUUCUCGACCCUGUAGUUGCCGCCAGCCUGUCGCCAGCAAGCGUCGAAAAACUUGCUGACCUGGCUCUAGCGUGUGUUCAGGAGCUAGGUGUUCACAGGCCUACAAUGAGUGAGGUUGUUAAGGAGAUUGAGAAUAUUAUGAAAAUGGCUGGUAUGAAUCCUAAUGCUGAGUCAGCUUCCACCUCAGCAAGUUAUGAAGGGGCGAGCAAAAGUUUCGAGCAUCCGUACAGUAAUGACAGCUUCGAGUUCAUUUUCACCGACUGCUGUUCAUCUCUUCCGACGACUCCCUGUCCGUCUAUUACGCCCUUCUCAUUCCGGCGAUUCACAAUCCGCUGCUCGUCUCAUUCCGGCGACUCACAGGCUGCUGCUCUUCUCAUUUCCGCUGCUCUUCCCAUUCCGGCGAGUCACACCCGCUGCUCCUCCCCGGCGCCGCUGCUCUUCCCA